AUGGCAAAGCAUAGAGCUCUCCUGUUUCCUUAUGUUUUCUCCAUUCUCAUACUCACUAUGAGCUUAUUGUGCAAAGCCAUUGACGAUGAAGACAGAAAGCCAUAUAUUGUCUACUUGGGAUCACUUCCUAAUGAUGAGGCCUUCUCACCAUUGUCUCACCAAAUUGGUAUACUCGAAAGAGUUGUGGAGAGCACUUCUGCUUCUAAUUUCUUGAUAAGAAGCUACAAAAGGAGCUUCAAUGGGUUCGCUGCCAAGCUCACUGACCAAGAAAUAGAAAGGCUUGCUAACAUGAAGGAAGUAGUCUCUGUCUUUCCAAGCACAAACUUCCAACUUCACACAACAAGAUCUUGGGAUUUUAUUGGUCUCAAUGACGAAACCAAACGAAAUUCUACUACUGAGAGUGAUGUUGUCGUUGGUGUGAUCGACACUGGAAUUUGGCCCGAAUCGCAGAGCUUCAAUGACGAAGGUUUUAGUCCGGCUCCCAAGAAGUGGAAAGGUGUUUGUGAAGGUGGCAAAAAUUUCACUUGCAACAACAAGAUCAUUGGAGCUCGGCGUUACAACUCAUCAUCAGCAAGGGAUGAAGUUGGACAUGGAUCCCACACUGCCUCAACGGCAGCAGGGAAUGCCUUUAAGGGCGCGAGCUUUUAUGGACUAGCACAAGGUACUGCAAGAGGAGGAGUUCCCUCUGCGAGAAUUGCUGCCUAUAAAGUCUGCGAAUUCAAAAAGUGCCCUGGAGAGGCUAUCAUGGCUGCUUUUGACGAUGCUAUUGCUGAUGGAGUUGACAUCAUUACAAUUUCACUUGGAGGCACUUCCGUCACUCCUUUUGAUAAGGAUCCUAUAGCCAUUGGCAGUUUUCAUGCAAUGAAGAAAGGGAUACUAACCGCACAUUCUGCAGGCAACCGUGGCCCUGAAGAGGGUACCGUAGUAAGUGUAGAACCAUGGGUACUUACAGUUGCAGCAAGUGGCACAGAUCGCCGGAUCAUUGACAAGGUUGUUCUUGGAAAUGGAAGGACACUCAUCGGGAAUUCGGUGAACUCUUUCACAUCCAAUGGAACAAGUUAUCCUUUGGUAUAUGGAAAAGAUGCUACAAGUCACUGCUCCAAUUUCGAUGCUCAGAGUUGUUUAGCAGGCUGCAUAGACAGUGAUUUAGUCAAGGGAAAGAUUUUGGUAUGUGAUGCGUCUGAUGGAGAUAUAGUGGCUCUUCAAGCUGGUGCACUAGGUUCCAUUGUAAUCAGUGCCAGUGAGGAUGUUGCUUUUAUUGUCCCACUACCUGCAACAGGUUUAAGCAUCAAAGAUUAUGAGGGGCUCAAGUCCUACCUGAACUCCACAAAACAUGCUAAAGCCAACAUAUUAAAAAGUGAAGCCAUAAAAGAUCCUGCUGCACCCAUUGUUGUUUCUUUCUCUUCCCGUGGACCGAAUUUGAUUUUACCAGAAAUUAUUAAACCAGACAUAAGCGCCCCAGGAGUAGAUAUUUUGGCUGCAUUUUCGCCUGUUGCUGCUAUCACAGAUAGCCCUGACGAUGGGAGGCAUGUCAAAUACAGUUUACUAUCUGGAACCUCCAUGGCUUGUCCCCAUGCUGCUGCUGCAGCUGCAUAUAUUAGAACAUUCCACCCUGAAUGGUCUCCAGCAGCCAUCAAAUCAUCUCUUAUGACUACAGCUUGGCCCAUGAACCACACCGACGACGUUUCUCCUGCUGAAUUUGCUCAUGGAUCUGGACACAUCAAUCCUGUAACAGCUCUAGAUCCUGGCCUCGUGUACGAAACUUCUGAAGAUGAUCACAUUAAGUUGCUCUGCUCGUUCCUGGAUGAUGCAAGAGUUAAACUUAUAUCGGGAGAGAACAGCUCUUGUCCUAAAGGCUCUGAGAAAGGAUCACCAAAGGAUUUCAAUUACCCUUCUCUGGCUGCUGUUGUUAAACCAGUGACAUCUUUUACUAUUAACUUUAAUAGAACAGUUAAAAACGUUGGCCUUGCAAACUCUACCUACAAGGCCAAAAUCCUCCCGGAUUCUAAAGUUGACAUCAAAGUAGUACCUCAAGUUCUUUCAUUCAAGUCCUUGAAUGAGGAGAAGACUUUCACCGUGACAGUCGUUGCAAAAGGCUUGCCGGAUGGAUCACAUGCGUCGGCGUCACUGGUUUGGUAUGAUGGAACUCAUAGAGUUAGAAGUCCAAUUCUUGUACGCAGCAAAGCAGCUUCAUGGUAA